UUAUGAUUUAUGAAUAUUAGUUUUUAUUUAAAUUAGUAAUUGCUCUGACUUCUAAUGCUCCAAAUAAUUUGUUAUUUGUUGUAUAGUUCAAACUUAGAACUACAAGAUGAUUAAUUAAAUAUUAUAUUACCUGUGUUUAGGAAUAAGGAGAAUUUUUUGGAUCCAAUACUAUCAAUUUCAACUUCAAAGUAUUUAAUAUUUAUCAAGUUUAAUAAAAUCGUUAUGAGUUUGCUGGUUUGGUCAAUCAUUGUUAGUUUUUAUAAUAUGUUUUCUAUAAAAUUUCUCCCAAAGUUUAUAAUAUGGUCUAUGAAUAUCAAUAAAGAACAUCGGAAAAUAGUGGAAGAAAUAUCACUAUUAAAAAAAGAACAAUCCAAAAUUUCAAUCGUAAAAGAGUUUGCUAAACAUACAAAAUUACAACGAAAAAUCAACAAGUUGAAUGAACAAUUAAAAAACCACGUAAGAGAAAAUUCAUCUAAAAAUUUAAAGAUCAAAUUCAUCAGUCAAGUGUCUUUAUAUGUUUUUUCCGUAGUUUUAAAUCUUCUAUUUAUUUAUUACAACUAUAAUAAAACAGUUUUGAUAGAACUUCCGAGUAAUUGGUUUUUACCAUUAUCUUGGUUAGUUCGAUGGCCUACCUCACAAGUUGAUACAAUGAGUUUUAUGUUUUGGUAUAGUGUCACUAAUUGUGUUGCUAAGGUGGCCACUAAUAAUAUCUUAUGAUUAGAAACAAUUAACAAAUGUUAUUAAAAUUAUUGCUGAGAGAUGACUGAUCAUUAUGGAAAUUAUGAAGCAUGUGAAUUUACUAAAACACUUAAUUUCGUGGGACUAUAUUAGUAACAAAAUUGAUAAGUAUUUAGGAUUUGUUUGGUAAAUGCUGUAAUUUGAUAUUUUCUAGUUUGUUAUACUUGUAUACUUCUAAUUUGUUUUCAAUUUUUAAAACUAAAAUGUAUUCUUGUAUCAGGGAAAAAUAUAUUUUACAGGGUGUUUAU